GCAUGGGAUGUGGGCCCGCUGUCCCGGUGGCUAACCACGUGGUCAGAAUGGUCAAGAGGACGACGACGACAGACAAACGGAAGGCUGAUGCAAUGACUCAGUGCGCAGUUCCCAUGAUGUCCAGGGCCACUGCGGCUUACAUAGACAAAAACACGAAAACGACCACAGUAUGCUUGCAAACGGGAUGCAUCACGGCGGAAGUUGGGCCGGAAAAGGCUGAUGCAUCAACGCAGUGCGCGGUGCGAAUGACGAUGAAGGCCACCCAAGCAUUAUCCCAUCCACGGGGCUCGAGGACGGUGGCCGUGCAGACCAUGAUCAGCAUGGCAAACGAACAAUUGAGUGGGUGUGCAUCAACACCUUAUGGUGUAAUGUAUUUUCGUUGACUGUAAAU